AUGAGGAUUUCCCUCCUCACCGUGGGCAUCCUGGCCUGCUUGACUGCAUCCGUGGCUGCUUGGAGCAAGGAAGAUCAGGAAAUUUUCCGUCUCCGCGAUGAAGUCGAAGCCUCCGAAGGUCUUGGUGUCUCCUUCUACGAUUUCCUAGGGAUCGCCCCCUCGGCAAACCAAGAAGAAAUCAACAAGGCCUACAAGAAAAAGUCUCGAACCCUGCAUCCCGACAAGGUCAAGCAGCAAUUCAUUGCCAACAAGUCUGCCGCCAAGGAUAAAUCCAAGUCAGGAAAGUCCGGCGUGAAGGUCAACAAGGGCCCGACUCAAGCUGAGAUCAAGGCCACUGCCAAAGCUGCCAGUGAUCGGUUCGCGCGUCUCGGAAUAGUGACCAACAUCCUGCGUGGUGCUAGCCGAGAACGCUACGAUCACUUCCUGAGCAAUGGAUUUCCCAAGUGGAAGGGUACCGGAUACUAUUAUGCUCGAUUCCGCCCUGGUCUUGGUUCCGUCCUCGUUGGGCUCUUCAUCUUCGUUGGCGGUGGUGGCCACUGGCUUGCGCUCUACAUGAGCUGGAAGAGACAACAGGACUUCGUGGGCCGAUACAUCAAGUUCGCACGCCAUGCCGCGUGGGGUGAUAAUUUGGGCAUACCCGGUGUGGACGGCACUGCUACUCCCCCGGUCACUGGGGACGAGAGCAGCGAUCUCUCUGCUGCCCAGCCCAUGAACAGAAAGAUGCGCAGGAUGCAAGAGAAGGGCGAGAAGAAGGAAAAGUCCGAAAAGAAGACCAAGAGCGCCAAAGCUGCCAAAGCCUCCCCAGCAGCUACCUCUUCUACGGCCCCAACCGGACCACGAAAGCGUGUCGUCGCCGAGAACGGCAAGAUCUUGGUCGUAGACUCUACUGGAAACGUGUACCUCGAGCAGCAGGACGAGGAUGGCCAGACCCAAGAGUUCCUGCUUGAUCCCAACGAACUUGCCCAGCCAACCAUCCGCGACACAGCGCUCUUCCGCGUCCCUUUGUGGAUCAUGCACAAAGCCACCUCCCGCUUCCUCGGCAUGCCGUCGGAGGAGCCCGAGUCCGACAUUGAAGACGAAGAGGGCCCGUCCAACAGCUCUGACGCCGAUGACUACGAGGUCCUGGAGAAGAACAAGACAACGGCCCCGAACGGUGGUGGUAAAGCAGUUAGAAGAAAGAAGAGCGCCAAGGGGAGGUAG